CGUCCAUCGGAUCCUCUCCGUAGCCCCUCCUUCAGCUCUUUCCAGGUAACCUCUGCCUCUCUCCACCCUCGCGAUCCUCUCCAUCGUCCUCCAGCCAAAAUGCAGCUCUUCCGCACCCUUGUCCCUCUCGCCCUAGUCGCCGGUGCGCUCGCGUCCCCGCACCUUGUUAAGCGCACCCAGGGUUCCUGCAAUGCGGGCCCUGCCCAGUGCUGCCAGUCUGUGCAGCCUGCGUCCUCGUCUGACGCGUCCAGUGCGCUCAAGACGCUGCUCGACAUCCCCAUCCAGGACCUCAAUGUGCCCAUUGGCCUCAACUGCUUGCCCAUCAACGUCGUCGGCGUCGGCAACGGCGCGGAUUGCGCGUCGACUCCCGUGUGCUGUAAUUCGAGCUACAAGGGCGGGCUGGUGAACGUCGGCUGUACCCCCGCCAUCGUGCAAGGCUGAGCUCGCGUUCUGUGAUACCCCAUGUAGUAUUCCCGCAUGAUCGCGCCCAGACGGUGGAGGGUGCCGGGACUGGAGGUCAGCUAUGGAGGACGGUCAUCCGA